AUGCGCAAUGAGGACCUGGACGGUGAUGAUCAAAACUUGGCAGACACUAUGACGACGCUUUCAAGUUAUACAAACACGGCAGUCAAACGUUCUUCAGACAUGAUGAUGAAGCUUCUUUCUUUCGCCUUCUUUCUACCCCUCAGUGGCAGCGCGGCUGGAAGUCCUCUCAACGAUACAGCAUAUGACUAUGUUGUAGUUGGCUCAGGACCUGGAGGUGGCACUCUGGCCGCAAGCCUUGCACGCGAGGGCCAUUCCGUCUUUCUCAUUGAAGCUGGAGGCAAUAUGGGUGAUGAUCCUCUUCAACAAAUUCCCGGCUUAGCGGAUGUCAACUCGGAGGACCCCGCCAUGUCUUGGCAGUUUUUUGUGUCUCAUUACCAGAAUGAGACUCAAGCCCGUCGCGAUCGUUACUUCACCUACCGUCUUUCAAAUGGCACACUCUGGUACGGCAUUGAUGCCCCCGAGGAUGCAACUCCUGACUGGAACCACUUCGCCGAGGUUACAGGAGAUGAGUCCUGGGGCCCUGAAAACAUGAGAUCAAUGUUUAUCGAGCUUGAGAGAAAUACCUAUACGCCUGAAGGGACGCCAGGGCAUGGUUUUGAUGGGUAUAUUUCGACGAAUAGAAACAACAUUUCUUAUGUUGUCGAUCGUCCGGGCGUACUUCGUGUGGUCCAGAAUGCCAUCUCCCAGACCGAGGGCAUUGAAGCACCUGACCCCGAACAAGUCAUCGAGCUAAUGGAGAGAGACCUGAACCGCCCUGAUAGCAAUCGCUACGAAAUCCCGGGCUUGUACCAAAUACCACUACACGUUGACGAGAACCGCCGCAGAAGCAGCCCCUGGAAUUACAUCACGGAUACUCUCGCUUCGAAACAUGAAGAUGGAACGCAGCGAUACCCGUUGACCUUGAGCACUCACAGCCUCGCGACCCGCAUUCUGAUGAAGAAUGCCGAGGCCGGCUUGAGAGCCUACGGGGUAGAGUUCAUGGUUGGAGAAGGACUUUAUGAGGCCGAUCGGCGAUACGACCCCUCGGUCGAGCCCCAAGUGCGCACUGUCAGGGCUAAGAAGGAAGUCAUCGUCUCAGGCGGUGCAUUCAACACCCCUCAGCUUCUCAAGCUCAGUGGAAUCGGACCUCGAGAAGAGUUGGAGAGAUUCGGCAUCCCAGUUGUUGUUGAUCUUCCUGCCGUGGGGGAGUUCCUGCAGGACAACUACGAGGCGGGCAUCAACGUUCGGUCAAACAUCGUAUGGGAGAAUAGUCCUUUCGCAGAAUGCACGCCUGGUAGCCCCGAGACAGACCCCUGCCUUGCACAAUGGGAAGCCGGCUAUGGUGCAUAUGGCGAGGCCGCCGCCCCAAUUUUCAUGCUGCAUCGUAGCAACCAAUCCAGAAACGAAGACUGCGACCUCAUCAUCUUCGGUGCGGCCGGUGGUGUGUUUGAUGGUCACUAUCCCGGGUUCAGCGAAGUUGCAUGGCCGCCAACAUCCUUCUUCUGGGCCGUCGUUAAGAUGCAAAACGGCAAUCCGACAGGCACCGUGAGACUUCGAUCGUCCAACCCCCGAGAGACCCCGGAGAUCAACCUGAACUUCUAUCAAGAAGACGCCGAUGUCGACAUUGCUGCUCUUUCCGAGGGCAUUGAACAUCUCAUGUCCAUCAUGAACGUCACUGGAGAGCCGUACCAGCCCUUCCAGGUCAUUGAUCCCCCGGCAGACCGUUCACUUGAGCAACAUAUCCGGGAUCACACUUGGAGCCAUCACGCAGCCGGCAGCUGCAGGGUGGGCAAGACAAAUCUGGACAGUUGUGUUGACUCAAAGUUCCGAGUUCAUGGUGUUCAGGGACUCAGAGUUGUUGAUGGCUCAGUCUUCCCGAGAGUGCCCGGCGGGUUUCCUGUUGGUGCGACGUAUGCUGCCAGUCGUAAGGCAUUCCAUGAUAUAGUCAGCAACGAAGGAAAGUGA